AUGGUAUGGCAGCAGCAGCAGCAGCAACAACAGCAGCAGCAACAUCCUGCAGCGACGACGAGCAAAUCCUAUCCGGCGCUCGUCGUCCUGGACAGUGAUGCCGCGGCUGGUGGCGAUGGUGGUAUACUUUACCCUUCUGGCAACAUUAACCUUGAUCAUGCCGUCCCAUACGGUACUACUAGUCAGCACAACUACACACUUUGCUACCCUCACUAUCCUUCCUCUGCUACGGGCGCUCCUGGCAGCUCCCAUUCUGGCUCAUCGGUCGUAAACCCGGCCACUACCGUGUUGGCACCACGAUCCGCCUCUCCCUUGGCCAGCAGUUCGCGUGCCCACACGAACACGGUCCUCAAUAGCACAAACAGUAGCGGUAACGAUACGACUAAGAAACUGAACCGUCUAUCCACUUCCUCCUCGCUAUCGAUCAUAACACCACCUACGACACCGAAGCGGCCAGGAAGUUGCCAUCGUACAGCGGCUGGAACCAGCAGCGGUUCUACUGGUCGGCUCAAGAUGGCUCUGAGUGCGUCGUUGGCACAAAACUUCAACCAAAAGCUGGCCAAUCUGAACGAUAAGUGGAACGAUUUUAGUUUUCUACUGCUUAAGGCAGGCAGUGGAGCGACCAAUGCCAGUGGCGUUGGUGGUGCGGCAGCUGGCAGCGGACGCACGAAUGUCCGUAACGAUUCGUACCACUCGAUCGAAUCCGCCGUCACGUGUACGGCGGCCGACUUUGAAGCAGGCAAUUUCUAUAAUCAUCGCGAAAGCGAAUCCGAAAGCAAUCAGGAAUUCCGUACCACUCAGCAGAAGCGUGAACCGUCCGGUAGCCGCUCGAUGGCCGGACCAUCCACUAGUCGAUCGCGGGAUCAACGACCGCGCAAAACGCGGCUGCGAAGUUCGCGCCGAAACAGUGCCAGCGGCGAUCCGAAAGAGUUCGAUAUGCUUGUCCUAAAACCCAUCGACACGGGAGAUGAUGAUAAUGAGAGUUUUUAA